CUAACUAAGUGGCAAUUUUAAUUCCCUUUCUAUUAUUUUUGUCUCUACUCGUAGUUCUUUUCGGAAAUUUUGUGCAAACUGUUUUGGUAUUUAAAAGAAUGAAGUGUCUUUGCCCCUGAAAGUUCCUAUUAAAAAAUAAACAAUAUUAUAAAUAAACAAAUACAUGCUUCAUUGACGGUAACAUCACGGAUGGUGAUUUUAAUAGUAAAAAGUAAUUUAUAAACCAGUAACGAUCACGUUUAUCGAUGUUAUUGUGGUUAACACACUUUUACUAAAAAUGUGUCACCGUAUGUCCUACAAAUCAUCAUAGGACAACUAAACGUAUAAAAAAUGGCCUGGAAAGAUUACUUUUUGUUGAGUGAGUUUAAACUUGAUUACUCCAAACCAAAUGAUUUUAUUAAAUUUCAGUUUGGUUACCAAAAGCUAUACAUAAUUUGGCGUAUAUUUUGGGCGCUGUACCAUUUAGUCUGGAUUGUUUUGACUGGAGUUUAUAGUUACCAAUGGGCUGGAGAUGACCCUGCGCAACAAGUGAAAUGGUUUAUAUACGUAACAAACUGGGCAUAUUUUGUCCUGACCUUUUCUACCCUCAUUGACGCUAUAUGUGUGGUAUACAUUGUUGUCAAAAGAGAUGACAUAAUUCUAGGUGCGUGUUCGGAAAUGCCGUGGUAUCUGAAAGUUGAUUGGGUGUUUUUUAACGUUUCAAAUUCAGCAAGUAUUUUAGUAACUAUGCUGUAUUGGGGAUUGAUUUAUUCAAGUUCCAGCACAACUACAGCGGUAAACAUAGAAACACACGGAUUGAAUAUGGUGUACGUUUUAGUCAACUUAUUCCUGACUGGAAUCCCUGUGCGUUUCUAUCAUCUCUUCCAUCCAAUGGUAUUUGGUGCAGCGUAUGUCAUGUUCUCUAUUAUAUAUACGGUAUCAGGAGGUACCAAUGCUCAGGAGAAAUCCUAUAUCUAUUCAACCUUUGACUGGAGCAAUACUGGAUACACUACCGGUUUGUCACUGAUAACUGUACUGGUAGCGAUUCCAAUUUGUCAUAUCAUCUUAUUUCUUCUGUUCCUUUUAAGAACUUUUGUGAACAAAAAAUGUUGUUCUCGUACAGAAAUUCAAAACACCUCUACAUCUGUUGACAAUAAAUCUUACAGCCCUGAACAUUACUUGGAACUAAAAGACAAAAAUGAAGUAAAAAUAGAUAUGGAUACGCCAUUGGCGAACAAGAAAUCAUGAGAAUGACUUUACAUAGCUUGGUCAUUACCAACAUAUUACAAGAACUUAACAUUUAGAAGAACGAUUUAGUCAGUAUUAUAUUAAUCAAUGCACAAGUUUAGGAGGAAAUUGUAUUACAGUCGUCCAAAAAAGUUUGAAUACAGUAACAAAUAUGCAACCAGCACCAUGAUGGCCAAGCACUUGAAGACGCAAUAUCUAAGUUAAUGUGUCGUUUUGAUAUUUUUUGUGUUUUUUAUAUGUUUUUUUUUAUGUGUUAUUAUUAUUGUAGGCAUAUUGGAAACAUUAAAAAGAAACUCGAGGAGUUCAAGACUAAUUAAAUGAAGGUCUGGAUGUGGUCCUCCAUUUCUGUAGUCUUUAAUUGUAUAUGACAUUUUCUAUAUUCUUCAUUAUACUUGUUUAAAAUAGUUUUUUUGUUGUUCAUU